AUGGCUGGCGACUGUGCUGAGGUUCCCUACCAUCUGGACGUCUCUGGGAACCAAUAUACAGGUGAUGCUCUGAAGCAACUGCGACUUAGUGUAGAGAGAUUUGUGCCGCCAAAGACGGUCCCUCUGGUUGAGGAUCCAAACCUUGAUCCUUUCUACCUGGAGAGAGCAUUAGAAGCGCCGAAGCAGUGGGAUGCUUCUCUUGACGACGACUCAGAAGUUGAUCUGGAUGAUCUCGAGAAUGAAUAUUUCAUGUCUUACAUGACCGAGGAGACACAACCACCAUCGUUGACCCAGGAUUAUUCUAUUCAGUCCCACGCCGUUCAAUACCAGGAAUCACAAAGCACAAAGCCCGCUUGUCCAACGACACCUGAUUGGCAACGAACACAUCACCACAACCAAAGUUCCUGCAGCUCCAUCCAAACUGAUGCUACGGGGGUCACUCCUGACCUCACGCCAAGCAGUUCAUUCUCUUCGACCUAUUCUGACUCCGAUUACCCAGCUGCGAAAAAGACGACACACCAGCAAUUCUUGCAAAGUCGUCGCGCUCUGCGGGACAGAUCCCACAAUACAGCGCGAUUUUAUCUGCCCGCUGCAACUCCUGACAACCAGUCAAGAGCGUGCACGCGGCCGAAUACUCCCAUCGAGCGAUCCGCGACUGCCGCUCUCGCAGAAUAUCAUAACACGUCUUCUGAAACACUCACCAUGGUUCCAAAAGAGCCUGCAGCAGCUGCAGCAUCUUCCCUACGCUCCAAGCCGCUACCUAGCUUGCCACCUAUUUUGAAAAAUGCCGGACCUGUCCCUCCGGCUAAAAGGGGACAAAAUAGUGGAUCGAGAAGCCAGAUCGAUCCAUCGCUUAUCUCACCGCCGAGUCUGGUGAACCCUGUCACCAAGGAACCUCACAUGUCUCCAUUCAACCACGCUCUUUUUAUUCCUGCCCAUGACUGCCCCAGUCCGGUGCCACACCCCACGUCCUUCUCUCCACUCAUUGCACGACAGAGCACCAAUGCAUCGACCAAGGGGCGACCCUCGACUUCGACAUCAGUAGCUUACGGAGAACAGUCGGUUUGGGAAUCGGACUCGGAAACAGGGUCAAUUAGUGGCAAAUCACAAUCCCGGCGCGGACCCAUCGACACGCUUCGGAAGGUCCGAAGUCGAGUGCAGCUGCGUCGCAUUGCCAAAUCGGAUGCAAAGUUGCACGCGGACAUCAAUAAUAAUACGAACGGAACCACUAUUACGACUACGACUAAUAGCAUCGGUGGUACGGUGACGACCACCCGUACCACAACUACGACCCAUGCCACCCGUCAUGGGGCACUAUGGGCGCCAUCCCCGCCAGAUGCGGGCCAGCCCGAUCCCGCAACCCACCCGCACAAUCUAGCCCACCUUGACCACCGCGCGGCCGCUAGUGUCACCUCCAUCACCGACGAUUUGCUGCCACCACCUCCGCCCCUGAAGCAGACACUACGCUUGGUGGCUCCAUCCACCACGUCGCUGGCACGCCCACAAUCAUCGCGACACAGCAGUGAGAAGUUAUCCGGAGAUAUUGAUUCCUCGACAGCCGCUGCCAUUCAGGCACAAUCCCGUCGACGCCAGCGGUCUAACGCCACGGAUGAGUACCUACCAUUUCCCAAAGCUGAGGCAAUGCAUCACUAUUACUGUAACAGCCAUACCUUGCCAUCAUCGGAAACUGUAUCGUCCCACACCGCCAUAGAGCAGCCCACUGUCUUCAAGAGGAUAUGGGGAUCACUCCGAUCUUUGGACUGCCGCGGUCGUUGA